UUUGUCCCCACACACCAGAGCAUCAGUAACACGUCUUGUCAUCACCGCACACGUGUCCUACAAUAUGAAAUCUCCAGGCAAUGGCAGCGGCGCCACUUACAGGAUGUCUUCACUUCCUGUCGCGCCAUUCUGAUCUCCUUCCUUAAACACACACACACACACACAUACAAACAUACGCAGUCAUGGAGAGCGUCUUGUUGCUGUUGGUGGUAGCGGUUGUGGCGGCGCUGGGUUCUGAAGGCGCCUCCAGCUUCACACAUGCCGUCGACUGUUCUGCUGCUGACAUUUUGGUUGGGAAUGGAGAAGCGAAACUCAUUGAAUCUAUGAACGUAAAGGGCGGCGCUGGUUACUUCAAUCUGUACAUGAAGCCUGAGAGUGGUUUCAAGGGCGUCCAGGUUCAGGUGGAGGAGACUGACGGCGCCAACCACUCCGCCUGGUUCCGCUACGGGAGUGUGUGUUUCCCGAGGAGAGAGGAGUGGGUGCAGUUCAUGGCCGGGACUUGGAUAACCAGGAAUGGGCUCUUUUUACGUUUUCGGUCCAGUAAAUGUUGGUUCUACUGCAAGACCGAAAGCUCCCUGCGACAGCCCAUCAGCCUCAGCAUGGUGGCUCACGGGCCCUCCAGGUGGAUGAAGGGGUUCCCACCUAAGGAAUGCGGCAUGAUCUACUAUGACCCCGCCACGUCAGAAUACUUGAACAGUUGUUCGCAGAUUCCAUUCACCACAACCGCCACCAGUAGCACAAACGCUGAGAACCUCUCCAUCUACAAGCUGACACUGAACAAGAAAACAAUCAUUGCGGUGUUAGCAGCAGGAGUGGCGGUGGUGGCGGCGGUGGUGGUGGUGGUGGCUGUCUGGCAGAAGCAGAAUUGUGUUACAUUACUAAACAUGGUGAGGCUCCAUCCCCGGCCUGCCGUGCCCAGCAGCCAGCAGCAGCCCACCACCGGCCAGGGACACGCCCCAGACCAACACGAUGAAACAUUAUAUUACGAUAUCCUGCCUGAAAUCACAGAACCUGGAGUGAUGGGAUGGUGGCCUGCCGUCUCCAGCCACCCCCUGCAGUUCACCCCAGACCAACGUAAUGAAGGAUUCUUUUACGAAACCCCGUCAGACUGCACAGCACGCCAAGUGGCUGUGGUGGUGCCGCAGCUUUCACAGGACUCAACCGUCAACCAUGACGUGCUGCCUAAGAGCGUGCAGUCCUGCUCACCUAAUUACGAGAACAUAACUCCUGCUGGUGGUGGCGCCUACCCUCGUGGGCACCUGCAGGCUCUAGGAGUCCGUGGGUCAUACCUCUACGCCACGAUGCCGAGGGCAACACGCACUGCAGGCUGUAAGAAAACUAAUUCCUCUGUUUUGUGAAGGAGCAGCGGCUUGCUUUGGCAGGACUGAUCUGUUUGUUUGUUUGUUGGCCUGUGUCAGUGUGCACUCCCUGCCUGGGCGCCGCAGCGAGGUGUGACGCAGGCCAGAAUUGCAGGCCAGCGUGCUCAGAAGGCAGAGUAUUAUUUGCACAGCGUUGUGGCUUCAUUACCCACCAUUUUCAGCACAACUAAAUUAUCACACCGUGGGUCCCGCUGAUUACUAUUAGUUCAUGGAUUAUCAUUAUUAUUAUUAGUAGUAGUAACAGUAGUAGUGGUGGUACCAGCACAUAAUGGUGAAAUGAAUAAUACAUGAAGCUAGAAGAAGAGGGAGGGAGAGGCGAGGAGAGAGAAGAAAGAACCAGGAAUAGAACAGGAAAGAUUCAUGUGAUAACAAGUAAACAAAUAAAUAGAAUAAAUAACAAAGGAAGUAUGACAAAGGAGGGAUGGAGAGAGACAGGGAAAGGAGCGUGGAGGGGGAGAAGUGGAGGGGAAAGAAGAGUGGAGGGGGGAUGAGAGGAGGGGGCACAGGAGAUACUACAAAGGGUUUCAGAUGGUGGCAGCGGUGGGAUCACUCUGACACGGUGGGGGAAAAAUGCUUCUUUUGGACUCUUACUAUUACAACCACGAUAACAACAACAACAACACCAACACCAACAACAACUGCUACUACUACUACUACUACUGUCACUACCACCACCAGUAAAACUCUUGACAUUGUGUGAAGGAAAAAAUAAUAAAUCUUUGAAUAUCAUGUUUUAUUGAAUAAGUUAUUUUGGAGAGAGAGAGAGAGAGAGAGAGAGAGAGAGAGAGAGAGAGAGAGAGAGAGAGAGAGAGAGAGAGAGAGAGAGAGAGAGAGAGAGAGAGAGAGAGAGAGAGAGAGAAUUACUAAUAAAA